AUGAGUUCAUCGACGCAACACAAAGUUGGAAUUUUCCCCGCCUCUGGGGGUAUUGGCGGAGGCACUGCAAAGCACAUUCUCCAGCGCCUUUCUCCAUCGAACCUGAUCCUCAUCGCUAGAAACCCCAACAACCUUUCGCAUGCACGAGAGCUGGGAGCAGACGUUCGACAAGCUGAUUACGAUGACGACGAAUCGAUUCGGAACAGUUUUCGCGGAAUCGAGACCUUGUUUUUGAUCUCGUAUGCAUCAGUUGAGGUUGAACACAGGUUUGAGCGGCACAAGUUUGCCAUCGACACUGCCAUUGCAAGUGGUGUGAAGCACAUCUUUUAUGGGUCGUUGGGCUUUGCUGGAUCUGCAAAGAACCAGGAGUCAGUAGCUCACGUUAUGAAGGCACACCUCAUUACUGAGGGAUACCUUCGAGCAUGCCGUAAAGAGCAUCCCGGAUUCGACUUCACGAUCGUCCGCGAGGGGCUCUACACUGAGUCUUACCCACUCUAUACCUCGUUCUUUGACCCUGCUCGACCUGUCAAUGAGAUCAAGAUUCCUCAUGACGGCGCCGGCCCCGGUAUCGCAUGGGUCAAGAGAGAAGAGCUGGGGGAAGCAACAGCUGAGCUCAUAUCUCGCUACGUCACAGACCCUGACGGUUUCCCCUACCGCCAACAGACGAUUCUCUUUUCGGGAACAAAGACAUUGACCCUGUCGGAAACAGUCAGCAUCCUCAGCGAGAUCGCAAAGGUUCCAGUCCAAAUCAAGCAGGUUUCGGAUGAUGAGUUCGCCUCCCAGGCUCAGGUAAUUCCUAACUUUACCUACCGUGGAGUUGACUACUCGAAGCCGUGGGCUUCGGCCUUUGAGGCGUUUCGUAGGGGUGAGGCGGCUGCUGCGUCACCGUUGCUGAGUGAGCUUUUGGGAAGAGAGCCGGAGGGUUUCAAAACCACCGUGAUGAACUCUCUCAAAGCCUAG